AUGCGAAUUCCCUCUACCUCAUCUCUGUCAGCCACAACAAACACCCUCACCUCCCUAACAGGAAGACUGCUUCCGAAGCCAGUACUCAGGGCAUCUCAUCUUUCACAUAUCAGCAGAGCAUCAGUUGGGUCUCUGGUACAGAGAAAUCACCUCCAAACACUCACCACCCCUAUCUCAACAGCUACCUCAUCAACUAGCUCAUCUACAGUCACCCCAUCAAAUAAACAACAUGUUCCGGCGUUAAUACCUCGCUCUCGUUCUGCGCAGCAGAACAUAUUUCAUCCCUCAUUCUCUUUAUUUGCCAAACGCCCGCCGAGGCCUUUCCCGAUCCCGUUCAACUCACCCCCGGCAUCUUCAUUCCCGGAUUCAUUAAGCUCUAGUCUCGCCCGAGUUCCUCGCUCUGAAGGAGCUUCCUAUCUCCGUGGAAUCACCAACGGCGACGAUGCAGUGGUUUACGCACGUUCCUACCUAGGUGUGGCGGAUGGUGUCGGUGCUUGGAAUACGAGGUCUGCUGGGCAUGCAGCCUUGUGGUCACGAUUAAUGCUUCACUUCUUUGCGUUAGAGGUUGAAGGUGCUCCAGGCAUCGUUGACCCAGUUCACUGUCUGACAAAGGCAUACCAUUCAACUUUACAUGCAACCACCGAGUCUACCAGCUCAGUAUGGCAAGGAACCACCACAGCAUGUGUUGGUACACUCACUGGGAAUACUUUCACGAUUGCCAAUAUUGGAGACUCUCGCUGCUGGAUCUACCGUCCAUCUGCUGGCGACUUUGUCCUAAAAACAACAGAGCAGUGGCAUUGGUUUGACUGCCCGAAGCAGCUAGGAACCAACUCUCCCGAUACACCCGCUACUGAUGCAGAUGUCCAGAGCAUCGAACUUGAAGAUGGCGACAUUGUUAUCAUGGCCAGUGACGGGCUUCCAGAUAAUCUCUGGGAUCAUGAGAUCCUUACUAUCUGUGAGGAAAACGCCGGCUCAACUGGUCCGGAGAUAGCGGAACAGCUAGUUAGGGCGGCGAAGAAAGUCGCGAUUGACCCAUUUGGCGAGAGCCCUUACAUGGAACGGGCCGUUGAUGAGGGGUUGCCAGUUGAAGGAGGGAAAUGGGAUGAUAUUAGUGUUCUUACAGCAGUUUACGGGAAAGGAAGGUUUUAG